AUGGAUGAGAAUGGUAUCCCUGUCCAAAAUCCACCAGCAGCGGUUGGUGAAGAAGCUGCGGGGGCAGGCUAUGCAGCUAAAGGCUCACUCCCUAGUGACACGGUUGCAAAUCCAAGAAAUGAUGGUGAUCAUCAAUGCAAGGCAAUUACUACUAGGAGUGGCAAAACAAUUGGGGAAAAUGCGUUGGUGAAAGAGAAUGUGUUGGGUGAUGAAGAGAAAAUAGUUGAAGAACCCAUGGUUAUUGAAGAAGAAGCGAACCCAAAGAAUAUGCGGGCUGGUAUUGAAAAGACUAUCAUUAACGAGGACCUGCCGGAAAUCAAUGAUGCCUCGGAAAGCAAGGAAGAGGCGGAGGAGGUACCAAGGGCUUCACCGCCCGUUAUGAGGCCUCCCCCUCCUUUUCCCCAACGAUUGGCAAAGAAAGCGGAAGAUGGAAAGUUCCUCAAGUUCAUCGAACGAUUAAAGGAUCUCUCAAUAAAUAUUGCAUUGGUUGAGGAACUUGAACAAAUGCCAGCCACAGGGCGUUCCCUCGUGGAUGUGGAAAGAGGUGAUAUGAAAUUUAGAAUGAACGAUGAAGAGAUCACUUUCCAUAUUUGCAAGUCAAUGAAACAACCGGCGGAUAUGAGUGUUGUGUCGGUUAUUGACACAAUUGAUGAAGCAAUGGAGACAACCAUAGAACAAGAGCAUAUAGGUGAUAUGUUGGCGGCGGUGAUAAUGAAUUAUGAAUGGGACGACGAAAAAGAAUUUGAGGAGAUGGUCAAUGCACUGAUUGGAAUGGGGUCUUACCACCUCAAUCCAAAGAGACUCGAUCUUGACUUGGAAAACCGAGCAACUCCUCCUGCAAAACCUUCAAUUAUUGAGCCUCCUACUUUGGAACUCAAACCUCUUCCUUCACAUUUGAGGUAUGAGUUUCUUGUACUCAACAACACAUUGCCUGUGAUUAUAUCUGCCCGGUUGACGGAUGAGAAAAGAGAGAGGUUGAUGGUGAUCUUGAGAAGAUACAAAAAAGCUAUCUUUGCCUUUAAAAGAAUGCCUUUUGGGUUAUGCAAUGCGCCCGCAACAUUUCAACGUUGCAUGAUGUCUAUUUUCUCCGAUAUGGUUGAGGAGUCCAUUGAAAUCUUCAUGGAUGACUUUUCCGUAGUUGGGGAUUCCUUUGAUGAAUGCUUGCAGAAUCUUGCCCAAGUAUUGAAACGAUGUGAAGAGACAAAUUUGGUUCUGAAUUGGGAGAAGUGCCUCUUCAUGGUUAGAGAAGGCAUCGUCUUGGGGUUUUAUAGAAGAUUUGUCAAGGAUUUCUCGAAAAUAUCCAACCCGCUAUGCAAGUUGUUGGAGAAGGAGUCGAAGUUUGUAUUUGAUGAUGCUUGCUUGAAGGCAUUUGAGGCUCUGAAAGAGAGACUCACAUCGGCUCCUAUCAUCAUUGCCCCGGACUGGUCUCAACCCUUUGAGCUUAUGUGUGAUGCAAGUGGCUUUGCCAUGGGGGCUGUUCUUGGCCAGAAGCGUGAUAAGAUCUUUCACCCAAUUUACUAUGCAAGCAAGACUCUGAACAGUGCCCAAAUGAAUUACACUGUCACAGAACAAGAGUUGCUGGCUAUUGUAUUUGCUUUCGAGAAGUUCCGGGCUUAUCUUUUGGGCACUCAUAUGAUUGUUCACACCGAUCAUGCAGCCCUACGUUACCUCAUGACAAAGAAAGAUGCAAAACCGAGGUUGAUACGUUGGGUCCUUCUCUUGCAAGAGUUUGACUUUGAAGUCAAAGAUAGAAAAGGGUGUGAAAAUCAAGUGGCGGACCACUUGUCUCGUCUUGAAGAAGGUGGGCGUCCAUUGGAUGGCCUAGAAAUCAAUGAGUCAUUUCUGGAUGAGCAAGUAAUGGCGGGGUCGCAUGACAUGAUCCCUUGGUAUGCCGAUUUUGCUAACUUCCAUGCAAGCGACAUUAUGCCGGUGGAUUUGAGCUUCCACCAAAAGAAGAAGUUUUUGAUUGAAUUGUUCGAUGUAUGGGGCAUUGAUUUUAUGGGUCCAUUUGUAAGCUCCUACAGCAACAGGUACAUUCUUGUGGCAGUAGACUACGUAUCCAAAUGGGUGGAAGCCGUCGCGCUCCCCAACAAUGAAGGAAGAAGUGUCACUGCAUUUUUGAAAAGGGUUAUCUUCUCAAGGUUCGGAACUCCAAGGGCAAUCAUUAGUGACGGGGGCUCUCAUUUCUGCAAUCGAUUAUUCAAGACUCUUCUUGAGAAGUAUGGGGUCAAGCAUAAAGUUGCCACCCCGUAUCAUCCCCAAACAAGUGGCCAAGUUGAGGUCUCAAAUAGAGAAAUUAAGAGCAUCCUUUCCAAAACAGUGAAUGCUAACCGGACUGAUUGGUCAAGGAAAUUGGAUGAUGCCCUAUGGGCAUACCGAACAGCCUACAAGACACCAAUUGGCAUGUCCCCAUAUCAACUGGUAUUUGGAAAAGCCUGUCAUCUUCCGGUAGAACUCGAACAUAAGGCAUUGUGGGCCUUGAAAAAGUUGAAUCUAGAAUGGGGUGAUGCCUCAAACUUGAGGUUGGAGCAGAUGAACGAACUCGAUGAAUUUCGACUUAAGGCAUAUGCGAGUUCUUCACUCUACAAGGCCCGCAUGAAACACUUCCAUGACAGGAAGAUCUUGCAAAGAGAGUUCAGCAUCGGAGAUCGGGUAUUGUUGUUUAACUCCAGGCUCCGGUUGUUUCCCGGGAAGUUGAAAUCCAAAUGGAUGGCUCGAUCAAACCAACCUCAAGGUGGAGGAAAACGAGCAACACGAAGACGAAAAGACAAGGCACCUGCUGAUCCCGUCCCCCAGUCUGAAGAGGGGACACAUGGGGCUUCCUCUCCUGAGCCCGAGGAUGCUAUUACCAGAGGUCAACGGAGGGAAGCAAUGGAGCAACGGUUCACCAUGCCUGGAUCUAGGGAACUAUAUAAGACUUGGAAUACAAUUAAGCCUGAUGGGAAUCCAGUCCGGGGCUUCAUUGUCGAAAAGAGAGUCACUCUCCAGGGGCUGCACGACCAAUGUCCGGGCAUCAUUCGCAAGCUUGAAACCUUGAGAUGA